AUGUCAGAUCAAAAACAAUCCUCAACAUCUUCACCAUCAUUCAAUCUUAAUAUUAAUAGAUAUCCUCGAAUAAUCAUUCAAUAUUGUCAUCAAUGUAAAUGGCAAAAUAGAGCUAUUUGGUAUUUACAAGAAUUUUUACAAACUUUUGCAUCAUCUACUGAUCUGGAAAUUAAAAUUUAUGAUAUUAGUAUUCAACCAAUAUUUGAUUUCCCGGGGAUUUUCCAAAUCAUUCUACAAAUGGAUUCCAAAAAUACAAAAGCCAAUGAUGAUGAUGAUGGUGAUGAUAGGGUGGAGACGAAAAUCAUUUAUCGAAGAAAAUUUAAAAAUGAUACGAAAUAUCAUAAUGAAAAUCAAGGAAAUUAUGUGUUUGAUGGAUUCCCUGAUAGUAAAUUUUUAAAGAAAUUGAUUAAAAUGGAAUUAGGACCAGAAUUAUCAAUUGGUCAUCAUUUAGAAAAAUAUAGUGAUGAUAAUAAGUUAUAUGAUGGAAGUAAUGAUAAGAGUGAUGAUUGUAAAGACUGUAAAGAUUGUAGAUUAGAAUCAUGA